GACGAUGGAAUCGCGGCAUAAAAGUGUCUCUCGUACAAUGAUAUUUUCUAAAGGGGCUUAAUAAAACGACAUAUAAAAUAGCUUAUCUCGUUCAUUUGUACUGCUUGUGCCGAUUCCUUUAUAAGGCCAGCUUGUGUGUUUGAUAAUCAUCAACGAGCGCCAGAAGUUUGUUCGCUCAUCGUCGAUUGGCAAAUAGCUCUGUUUGCAGUCGCUCGUUUAUUGCGUUGACUCAUGUCGGCAUUCUUUUUAUUUUACGUGUAUGAAUAGAUUAAAUUAUCUGAGUAUCUUUUCUAUCUUUUCCUCACCAUUCCUUAUCUAUAUCUUUUGCAUUCUCUGCUCCCGUUUUUCUCCGCUGUCGCAUACGCCGAACUUAAAUAAACCUCGACCUCUUCAACUGAUAACCCUCCAGUUUCCAUGAAUCAGACUGCUUGUUUUCAAAGGCUAUCUGCCUGUGAGUAAAACGCCGAUCAGUAACCGAACUACAUAAUUUUACAAGGAGUCAGUAUAGUACGAUGCUCGGUGUAUCGUGGAAGCAUCGAAAAUGACGAUGUACUUGAAGCAUUUUUUCGUCGCGCUCUGCCUCGUUUAUUUUGCCGUCUUUUCUUCCGCGAUUUAUGAUCCAAGCGCGACAACUACGAAGCCACCAGAGCGUCGUGAAUCAAUACUUCCUUGGAAUUUGAUUCAGAAUAAAUCGCGCAUUCAAAUAGAACCUCGUUCUCUAAAAUGGCAACAACAGUCACGAGACAAUAUUCCGCCCAAAUCUGACACUUGGAGCCCUUGGCGAAAAGCUUUGGGCAGCGAAAUCGAGCAACGAACACAUAUUGAUAUUGGGAAUUACGGUCCUGAUCAAGUUCCCGAGCAAAUUUCUGAAAAAAUUCCUGAGCAACAACAUAAUUUGGAAUUUGACAAGUGGAAGCAACGAGAAAAUCUGAAACCUUCUAUUGAAUAUAGUGAUUUGAUCAAUUUUGAUAAAAAUUAUAGGCAUUCUGAGGAUGAAUCGAAAUACGGAAAUCGGCCUCAUAAUGAGAUUGAUUUUCAGCAUAAAUAUCCGCAGAGGAAUGACGAUACUAAGGAAAUAAAAGUGGGAGUUCAGAAUGAAGAUUUGUACGAAGGGGUGGCUGUUGAUAGCACGAAACCGCGAAAGGAAAAUAUAAUUCUUUCAAAUAAGCCUCAUCACAAAGUGGCUAAGUAUGAUUCUCGAUUGGGCGUUCAGUGUCCUGAUCACAAUUCCACAGGACAAUUUGUUUAUCCGCCGGAUUGCAAGUUUUUCGUCAAUUGCUGGCAAGGUCGUGCAUUUGUCCAACCGUGUGCUCCAAACACUCAUUUCAAUCCGGAUACCCUUGAGUGUGAUUUUCCACAUAAAGUAAAAUGCUACGAGAAUGAUUCCGCCUAUUUUAGAGAAUCAUUAGACUCUGAAUCCCAGGUUGAUCGAAAAUCGCAAAAAUUGAUAGAACCAAAAUGUCCAUCUUAUUUGAUCGGUUUAUUACCACAUUAUGGGGAUUGUACAAAAUUUCUGCAAUGUGCGCAUGGUGUAACCUACAUUAUGAAUUGCGACACUGGAACAGUCUUCAAUCCUACCGUUGGUGUAUGUGAUUGGCCGCGAAAUGUAAAAGGUUGCGAAGAUACUUUUAAAUCUGAAGAUGAUGAAAGAGUACCACUUACAUCUUUAAAUCCGAGCUUUGGACGCGAUAAGUCACCAUAUACCGAAGUAAAAAGAAUUACGUGCCCUAUGGAUUUUACUGGAUUAUUACCUCACCCAGACACAUGUAAAAAGUUUCUCCAAUGUGCAAACGGUGCUACUUAUAUAAUGGACUGUGGUCCUGGAACAGCCUUCAAUCCUAUUACGAUGGUUUGUGAUUGGCCGUACAAUGUAAAAGAUUGCGAAGAUACUUUUAAAUCUAAAGAUGAUAAAAGAGUACCACAUACAUCUUCAAAUCCGAGCUUUGGACGCGAUAAGUCACCAUAUACCGAAGUAAAAAGAAUCACGUGCCCUAUCGAUUUUACUGGAUUAUUACCUCAUCCAGAGACAUGUAAAAAAUUUCUUCAAUGUGCGAACGGUGCUACUUAUAUAAUGGACUGUGGUCCUGGAACAGCCUUUAAUCCUGUUACGACGGUUUGUGAUUGGCCGUACAACGUGCCCAGCUGUAAAACAGAUAAAUCCGUUGAUGAAAUUCACAAGACAGGAGCUGGUAUUUGGUCACCAUCUGCCGAAGCUGGAGGUAUCAUGUCAUGGUCGAAUUCAGGUCGCUAUAAUCAUACAACAAACACUCGUAAUCAUAUUUUUCAAUCAGGAUAUAGCACGACAAUGAGUCCAAUAUAUAGACCAACAUGGAGACCAACAUGGAGACCAAACUUUACGACAACCUUGAGUCCACGAUGGAUACCAACGUGGACAACCGCGAGGCCAUUUUAUAAUCGUUCCGAGCAUAUUACACAUUAUUAUAAUCCUAGCCAUGUGCGUGGAGAAAAUCGGUACAAAGAUCAUGGAUCGCACAAUUCAGAAUGGAAACCAAAUGUAAAUUUAGAACGUCCUUCUGAGAGCAAUUACGAAUUUCAAUAUCAUUCAGAUCGGCAAAAAGUGGAAAAUCCGAGAAAUGAUCAAGAACCACAAGGGACUCAUCAUUCUGAUCGUCCAGAAGGACCAUUACAAGCACAUAUAAAUCCAGAUUAUCAUUACGGUUAUCAAUAUUAUCCUCCAGGUUACCAUCAUCAUCAUCAUCAUCAUUAUUAUCACAAUUAUGGAUCUACAUCGAAUCCUUCGGAAAAUACAAAUUGGGCUAAUGCCGCCGCUACUAAUAAUAAAAAAUAUAAUCAAGGAUACUAUCCUCCAAAUACUGAUAGUAAUUGGCGUCCUGAUUACAAUUAUAAUCAUAAUUCCCGUCAUUAUGAUCACCAUCAUUUUGAAAAUGCUGCACCGGACAAAACAGAUCAGAGGCAGUUUCAACCUCCUAGAAGAUACGACGAAGAUAACGUUCAGUUUUACGAUAGACAUAAUGAAACUAAGUUUGACACCGACGGAAGUAUGCCAGCAAAUCGAAGAACCGAUUAUGACGUUUCCUUGAAUAGACAAAAUUAUGGUAGGACGACUCCUGGGCUUUAUCAUCUUAGUUUCAAUCGUACUUCUUCAUCCGUUGGAAAUAUUUUACCAAAUAGUGAUAAUAAAUCAACUGAGAGUUGGGAUCAAAUUCAGGAUGAAUUGAGACAAGACGAAUUAUCUUCUCCUUGGACAGAGCAAGAAAAUGUCGCUUGGAAUCAGCCAGAUAGAUCUAAUUUCAAACCAAGUACGUGGAAUGGUCAAGAAAAUCGAGGAAAAGUACAAACAGAAAACCAGACACAUCCGUGGUAUCAAGGUCCUAUUAAUCGGACUGAUAAACCAUACUUGCAAAGUACGAUUGACAGAGAGGCAGAUAUAAAAAUGACCCAGUGGGCAACAAGGACAAAUGUCUUUUCAAAUUCCAAGAACCAAAUAAAUUUAGAAUCUAAAAAUACAACUCAAGAUCCAAGAACAAAUUUUUAUCCAAAUGGUAUAUAUGUCAAUACAAGUGGCAUAAAAGGUCAUUAUAUCACGAAAGAAAUCAAGAAUAAUGAAGGAAGUCCGAAAAUUCAUGAGCCGUAUAAUGCUCAGAAACCUAUUAGAUGGAGUAAUAUUUUCAAUAGCACUGAUAAUAAUUAUGCGUUCACAACGGGAACGCCAAUGACAACGACGAUGGAGAGAAUUUCAAAUGAACAAUCUGAGCUAUCAAGGAAAGGACGAGAUUUUGUAAAUAGUACGACAAAAAGAAACUCGCACGAUUUCGACAUCACAAGCGAAUCCAAUUUACCUAAUGUUUCCAUUGAAGAAGAUGAUUAUUGGAGCGCUAGCGACACAAAAAUAAGUAAUGUAGAUUCUGCUACCCCGAAUGUUAUCGAGCCCGAGAUAAAUGAUUAUGACGUGGAUGUGUUAGAUGACAAAAAUGUCUGGAAGCCCAGACUGGUUUUCGAAAAUAAGACCAAGACCACAACAGCUCCAUCGGUCAUUAUGAAAAUUAGCCCGAAGAAUAUCGAUGUCGAACUUUAUAAUAUCGAAGCGGCACCAUUUAAGGAAGAAGAACCUCCAUUUCCAGUUUAUUAUGUACCACCAGUGCAACCAUUGACUCAUUCGAAAAAAAUCGUUCGACCAACACCCAUAUCUGGCCAGGUGAUUCGCUUGAGAGGUGGCUCGGGACCUAAUGAUGGCUAUGUUGAAGUGCAAGGUAUACUACCUGGUUGGGGUAUUGUAUGCGAUUCCCGAAAUAGUUGGACAUUGAAAGAAGCUCAUAUUUUAUGCAAGCAACUUGGCUAUAUCAGAGGCGCUGAAAUGGCUUGGCAAGGCAGAAACAAUCGCAAUGGAGUGCCAACUUGGAUCGCUGCGAAUACCGUAACGUGUCUUGGCAAUGAGACUAAAUUUCAAUCGUGCAAAUUUACACACAAUGAAGAGUGCCGUGUCGCUAGAGAUGCAAUUGGUGUGCGAUGCGCUCCUAAUCGUAUAGUGCAUUGUCGCAAGGACGAGAUACCGCACAAUGGGCACUGUUAUCAUUUGGCCCACCCUGAUAGCGGACUCAAUCAUGCCGAAGCAUUGGAGCACUGUACUCGAAGGAAUGCACGACUCAUCGACGUCACUAGUCAAGCGGAAAACAACUUUGUGUCUGAGUUGCUAUUGCAAUCGUAUCCGGAAGUUAACUCAAUCAUGACUUCUGGUUUCGGUUUCACCACAAUGAAUCGGACCUUGUGGCUCUGGGCGGAUUCUGCGCGUGCUAAAUUCAAAUUUACAAAGUGGUGGCCUGGAUGGAAGGAUGAUAUGAAACAACCACCAUGGGUAGGCUAUCGUCCUCUUUGUAUCGUGAUGAAACGAAAAUUUCCGUGUUAUGAACGACCUGAAUCGACAUGUGACACAGAUUAUUUUUUUUGGGACACUGAAGAUUGCGCAACUGCUUCGCAAGGGCAUUUUUUUAUUUGCAAGAGACCUUAUGACGAUAUUGGUUGCGUAUACGGAAAAGGAAAUCAAUACACUGGUAAAGCCAACGUAACAAUAUCAGGAAAUGCAUGUCUUUCAUGGGCCGACGAAAAAAAUGCACAUCAAUUACGUGUGAAUAUUGUUAAUAAAGAAGUUCGGGAUAAAUUGAAAACGCAUAACUACUGCAGAAAUCCUAAUCCAGGAAAAGAAUCGAGACCAUGGUGUUUUACAGGACCUGGAAAAUAUGAAUAUUGCGAUAUUCCUGCCUGUGGAAAUAUUGAUCCGAAACGGCCAAUGUUGACUGGCCAAUGCAAACCUAAACAUUUCGAAUGUAUGCCAGGAGAAUGUAUUCCAUCCCCAUGGGUUUGCGAUGGAGAGGAGGAUUGUACAAAUGGAGCCGACGAAAGAAGAUGCAUAUUGGAUCUUAAUCUUUUUCAAAAAUCUGCAAAACAUAAACUUGAGGGUUACGAUGUGGAAAAAUGGUUGAACACACCGUUGAAAACCUGUGCUCUAAGAUGCAAAGAAGCUGAUUUCACCUGUCGCUCGUUUAAUCACAAAUCGGAUGGUAAUGUAUGCUUAUUGAGUAACAGCAACAUUGGAUUGACUGGUGCGCUUAAACCUGACAAGCAGUUCGAUUAUUAUGAAAUGAGAGAGAGAAGCAUGAACUGCAGUGGCAUGUAUAUCUGCAAUAAUCACAAAUGCAUAAAUCAAACACAAGUCUGCGACGGCAAAAAUGAUUGCGAUGAUCGCAGUGAUGAGAAUAUCUGCACUGCUGAAAAUCUCGGUUACGAUAUUCGCUUGGCUGGUGCAAAUAACAGUUAUGAAGGUCGAAUAGAAGUAAAAAUUUUAGGACAUUGGGGACAGGUAUGUGACGAUGGCUUUGGAAUGAUCAAUGCUGACGUCAUUUGCAAAGAGCUCGGUUUCGAUCUCGGAGCUUUAGAAGUUCGAUCGGGUGGAUUCUAUGGAAAUCUCGAGCCACCUACGAGAUUUAUGGUGGAUCAAUUGAAGUGUCGUGGAAACGAGACUACACUACGAGAAUGCGAUUUUAAUGGAUGGGGCAUUCACAAUUGUCAGCCGGAAGAAGCUGUUGGCAUAGUAUGUAAGACUGCAGUCAAUACCUGUCAGGAAGGUCAUUGGAAAUGCGAUAAUAGUCCAACUUGCAUACCUACCCCAUUUAUUUGCGACGAGGUGGUUGAUUGCCCAGAUCGCUCCGACGAGAGUCCGGAACAUUGCGAUGCACCGUUCGAGUUGCGCUUGGCAAAUGGUAGCAAUCCUUUGCAAGGAAGAGUAGAAGUGCGUCAUCACGGUGUGUGGGGUACUGUAUGCGACGAUGACUUUACGAAUGCCACGGCAACUGUUAUUUGUAGAUCUUUGGGAUAUGGUGGUAUCGCAAUCGCUAGGAAGGAUGGCUUUUUUGGGCCAGGCCAAGGACCUAUAUGGCUUGACGAGGUUUUCUGUCAUGGAAAUGAAUCGCAGUUAUAUCGUUGCGAGCAUAAUCACUGGGGCCAACAUAAUUGCGAUCAUAAUGAGGACGCAGGUGUAAUUUGCUCACCUGGAAAUGUUAAUACUGCCGAGCCAUACUGGAUAAACAACCCGGAACUUCCAGAGCGAAACAUCGACGAGCUACUUCCAACAAAUUGUGGUCAUCGCGCCAAAGAUUUUAAUGACGACGAUGAUUUGAUAUUUCAAAAAGUCGUACAUGGUAACGUUGCACCAAAAGGCACUUAUCCCUGGCAGGCCAGCAUACGAGUACGAGGGCAUAGUCGAUCAAGUCAUUGGUGCGGUGCGGUCAUGAUAUCGCCUCUACAUCUACUAACAGCGGCACAUUGUCUGGAAGGUUACAACAAAGGCACAUAUUUUGUUCGUGCGGGAGAUUACAACACGGAUAUAGACGAGGGAACGGAAAUGGAAGCCAACAUCGAGGAUUAUUACGUGCACGAGGAAUUCCGCAAGGGUCACAGGAUGAACAAUGAUAUCGCUCUGAUUCUACUUAAAGGCCACGGUAUCCCGCUUGGCAAGGAUAUCAUGCCGAUUUGCCUGCCGCCAGAGAAUAUCGACUAUUCACCUGGACUCAAUUGCACGAUCAGUGGAUUCGGAAGCAUCGAAACGGGAAAGACGACGCAAUCAAAGGAUUUACGAUAUGGCUGGGUGCCUUUGCUAGACCAAUCAAUUUGUCGGGCUAGCUAUGUUUACGGCGAAGGUGCCAUAAGCGAGGGGAUGAUGUGCGCCGGAUAUCUUGACGAGGGUAUCGAUACGUGCGACGGCGAUUCCGGAGGUCCUUUAGCGUGCUAUCAUAAUGGAGCUUUUACCUUAUAUGGAAUAACCAGCUGGGGUCAGCAUUGUGGCAAGGCGAACAAACCUGGAGUUUAUGUUCGUGUUGCGUAUUAUCGUCGCUGGAUCGAUCAAAAAAUUAAAGAAUCAUUAGCGGGUAGAUAAAAUUUUAGAUCAAAAAAUUUUCAAACAUCUGUGUAUGUGUAUGUGUAUGUGUGUGUCUGUGUAUGUUAUACUUAUUAAUUUGUUUAUAAGAAAAGUUAAUUCAUGUCGGACCAAUGUACAUAAACAAUAAUUGCAAAUUAUAAUUUUAUUAUUAUUUGUAUAUAUAUAUAUAUAUAUAUAUAUAUAUAUAUAUAUAUAUAUAUAAUAAAAUAUUUACUUUGUCAUUAUACAUAUUUUAGAGGAGGAUAAAAGUAAAGCGAUUUAAUUUUAAUGAUUUAGGAGGUAUUAGAGCACAAAUAUGAAAAAAAAAAUAAAAAAGACAUUUCUAUAUUUUUUUAAUCUUAUUAAAAAAAUUGUUUUGUCACUGUGCAAAAAAAAACAUCUACUUUAUACGCACACAUGAUCGUGUGUAUGUGUAUAUUUUCCUUUCUCCUAUGUACGUCAUCAAUCUAAAAAAUUUAAUAAAUGAUAAAAUAAUAAAUUCAA